CAAAAAGAAAAAAAGAAAAGCCAACAAAUGAGGAAGAAAGGUUGUAAGUAGUAGCAAUUAGUAAGAAUAAGACCACUACCACCACUGCUAUUAGUAAGUAAGAAAGAUUAGACGAGACGGAGAGAUUGGUGGGUGGGAGGAGUGCUGCGGUGUAAUUUAGAUUUAGAUUUAGAUUAAGACUAAGACAAUGAGCAUUGAAUUGAGUUGAUACCUACGGCACUCCACCCCACCUAGCUGAACCUGAGGCUGAGGCUGAGCUCCAUCUUCAGCGCAAUUCAAUUCACUUCCCAUACAUACACCUAAACCCUCCAACCAAAACAUACUCAAAGAGUGACUCUGAGUGAACUCGAUCGAGCGGCGAUAACCACACGUACCCCCAUCUCCCAAGGAAAGUCUGUCUGCUCUGCUCUGCUCUGCUCUGCUCUGAUCUGCAGAAGAAGAAGAAGAAGAAGCAAUUCAAUUGGCAGUGGAAAUGGCAAUGGCAAUGGCACUGGCCCUGGGCGCCGAUCCCAGACAUGUAUUGGCCGGACUCCUCACCCUCACCAUGUUCCUAAUACUCGCCGCCAUGGUUAAACGCGAUUACUACUACGCUCCUCCUCGCAAGAGCGCUACCACUACCACGACCACUCCCAUUCAAGGUUCAGUCCAUGGAGAUGGACCAAAAGGGGAUGACUAUGACGAUGGCUUUAAUCGGACGCCUGCUGAGGGUUUCAACCUCAAGCCUUGCUGGCAGAAACCAGUUUUUGCAGAUGAUGCGGUUGAAUGGCGAGGCUACGUCACCUUCUCACUGACUAAUGGCCCGGAAUUCCAUGUCUCCCAGAUUGCUGAUGCAGUGGUGGUUGCAAGAUAUUUACGGGCUGUGCUUGUUAUCCCAAAAAUUAGACAAAGUGCUACCGGUGAUGAUAGGGAGUUUGAAGAUGUCUACAGUGUUGAAAAAUUCAUAGAGAGCCUAGAGAGCGCAGUCAAAGUUGUUAAAUCAAUGCCUUGGGGGGUAUCGGGCCAUAAUCUUACAGUGGUGAAGGUUCCUAAUCGAGUUACCAAAGAAUAUGUAGCAGAACACAUCGGACCAAUUUUCAGAGCCAGGGGAAAUAUAAAGAUAGUUACAUACUUCCCUUCAGUGAACAUGAGGAAGAACAAUAAUGUGGAGCCGGCGGCAUGCUUGGGCAUGUUUGGAACACUUGAGCCCCAGAGAGAAGUUGGUGAAGUGGUUGAGUUGAUGGUUAACCGCCUGAGGUCGUCGUCGAAUGGAGGGCAGCUUGUGGCAGUGGACCUGAGAAUGGAAGUGUUGGAGAAGAAGGGGUGCCGGCAACAGCUUGGCCCGCAGAAAAGCUGUUAUGGGGCGAAAGAGGUGGGAGUGUUGUUGAGGAACAUGGGUUUCGACAAGGGCACGACGGUGGUGUACGUGACACAGACCAGAUGGCACAACAACCUCUAUGCUCUCAAGGACCUAUUCCCAAAAACCUACACAAAGGAGUCUAUCCUGCCCAUGGAAAGAAAGGAAGGGAUUCUGAAUUCUGAGGCUUUGGAGAAGGCAAUUGAUUUUUACAUGUGCUCGGAGAGUGAUGUUUAUGUUCCAGCCAUAUCGGGGCUGUUCUAUGCCAAUGUGGCUGGCAGGCGAAUAGCGUCUGGGCGGACACGGAUCCUUGUCCCCCCAGCAAACAUUCACAUUCCUGCUCCUGCUCCUGCUGAUGAAUUUUUGUCACCAUACGUGUCAAAGAAGAACCACAUUGCCUAUUCCUGCUUCUGCUGAGUUACACUAACACACACUCUACACUACACUACACCAGACUGACUGAUUUGCCUCCCUCCCUCCUCCUAUAAUGAAAAUUACUUUUAAUGUA